UAAAAUCCCUUUUUCCUUUUCGGUGUUAGAACUUAAAACCCGAGAAGUUUGUAGAUAAACCGACGUCUGCGACAAACACGCAAUCUUUAAACCUUGAAUAAAAAAUGGCAUCGCCGGCGCGUGGGGAAGUGCUUACUCUAUUCCGGUCAUUCCUACGAACGGCGCGUCAGUUCCCGGAUUACAACAUAAGGGAAUACACUAAGCGCAGAACAAUCGAUGGGUUUCGCCACAACAAAGACCUAACGGAUCCUUCUGCUGCUUUCUCCGAUGGUAGGGCCCAGCUGGAGAUUGCGAAGAGACAGGCUGUAGUUUACUCUCUCUACGCGCCCAAAGUGAAGAGCGUUAUGGAAUUGAACCAGUAAUAUGUAUUGGGACUUUUUAAUCCCCUUUUUUUUUUAUUGUUAAAACGAUACAAUAAUUCUGUGAGCUAUUGGAUUAUGAAUGGUGUUUUGUGGAAAGCCCUAGGGUUUUGGUUUCUUUUGUAUCAUCAGAUACUGCCGUGUAUUAUUGAUGUCAUAGUCCUAUUUGGAAGAAUUGAUUUUUCAUAAAGGUCUAACUUGUUUUGACUUGAACGCUUUUGUUAGCUUAGCACAAUUUGAUAAAUAGAUUAAAGAUUGUGGUUUC